UGACACCAACAAAAUCGAUGAAUCGACACUUUACCAUGGAAACGGUUUACCACGAUCACGAACGGAAUUUUUCUAGCCGUUAACCGAGGAAGACAAACUUUGAGAAGAGUUUUAAGAGGAUUAUAGUGGGACCUAACUUAAUAAAAUCCUUAACGAGAAGAAGAAGAAAAAAGGAACCGGUUUCUAUCACCUAACUCGGACUGUGUGUGGAAACGAUGGCGCUUUCUCAAGUUCAGUGUCUGGAUAACAAUCAUGUGAACUGGCGUCUUAAUGAAUCUAAACCGGAGUUUUUCUAUAGUGAGGAUCAGCGGCUGGCGCUCGAGGCGCUUGCUACGAAAGGACGCGACGCUUUUGACGCAUACGUGAAAGAGCACGAGCUGCGUCCUUUUCUGUCGGAAGAGGAGCUCGAGUUGCUCCGUCGGAAAAUAGAAGAUUAUCAGCCCGGUUCUGAGCAUCAAAAACCAAAUGGUACGACGGAGGGAGAGGACAUUGCGGUGUCUUUGCAGUAUUGGCCGGACCGCUCAGAUAUCUCCAUACCGAAUCUAGAUCUCGGAUGGCCCGAAUGCACUUCUUACCGCGGAGUGACGCGCGUCAAUGUGUACACGCAACCGCCGUUGGACGGACAGACGCAUAUAAAAGAGGUUGUGAGGAAAGCCAUAGCGCAAGCACAGAAGAUGAUAGCUGUGGUAAUGGAUGUUUUCACAGACGUUGACAUUUUUAAGGAUAUGAUAGAGACUGGAUUUAAAAAGAAAGUGGCUAUAUACAUUAUUAUAGAUCAUGCUGCUGUACAGGACUUCCUGUUUAUGUGUGAGAGAGCCAACAUGCACAAAGGGCACCUCAAUCAUCUGAGGGUGCGAUGCAUCGGUGGUUGCGAAUUCUACACACGCUCUGCUCAGAAGGUGUGUGGCUCAUUGAGGCAGAAAUUCAUGUUUGUGGAUGGAGACCGAGCUGUGUCCGGAUCAUACAGUUUUACGUGGACGGCUUCUCGUUUGGACCGAAACAUAAUUACAGUCAUGACUGGGCAGUCCGUUGAAACUUUUGACAAGGAGUUUCGCGAACUGUACCUGAACUCUCUUGGGGUCAACCUCUCCAAGAUUCCUUUGGCGGAACUUCCGGAGCUUGAGCCUACCCCAGUUGUCGUUCCUCCCCCUGUUUCCGCAGCUGUUGCAAGAAAACUAAUUAACCCCAAAUAUGCUUUGGUCAAUGUAGAUACAACAAGCAAAUCCUCUUCAGACAAAGCUAGUGCCAAGAUCAAUCCUCUGGUCAAGAUUCCCAAGCCUCAAAAGGAGUUGCAAAUGCAUCCAGGACUUGUAGGCUUGCCAAAGGCAGAUCUCAUUCUUUACUUGCCCAUCUGGCCCGAGCCAGACCCAUCCAGUGAUGUUAUUGGGUAUAUUAACAUUCGUGACACAAACAAGCCAGCACCAGUGCAUUUAAUGCGCUCGCAAAUGUUUGAAACAUCUCAAGCGAUCCGCUUUAAAGACCCUUUCACUGGCCCACCUGAGGAACCGCUACCAGAUAAGGCAACUCUUCGUCUUACAACAGCACAGUUGUCUAAAAUAGAAAAAGGUAAAUCAAGCGCCCAACUUCAGCCAGAGAUUGAUUCUAGUAAUGCCCUUCAAGAUACACCAGCCAAUACACCUGAUUCAACAAGCUCUCCAAUCCAGCAACCAGACCCCAAACCCAACCUUCCUCCAGAAGAGCAGGAGCCCAACCAUGAACCACCAGAAGUCCAACAGGCUUCAGAUCUGCCUGUUCCCAAGCCACGCACCAUUCAGUUGGUGGUUAAUAAGCCUGAAGGCUCUGGAGACGCAGAGGUCACUUUAGUCAGAAGGGCGGAAAACCAGACGAUGGAUGCACACAGGGUUGCUGAAGACAACGACGCCAUUAGCACCGCUGUGACCUGUGCACAUUCAUUAAAGGAUAAAGAUGAAAAUUCCACAAUGUCAGAUGAAUACUAUGAAUGUACUGAUUCCGAUAGCAGUGACAAACUCCCUAACGGAAGGAUAACGGGUUCCAGUCGUGUUGGAGAACACAGCGAUAAUGCGCUUAACGUGAUGGCCCGCUUCUCUCAAUCCAUGCUGGACUUGAGAUCGGAUGACGUUGAGCUGGAUCUGCAAAGCACUGCCGAGAGGAAUCUACUGAACACGCAGAACAGAAACAAAACAAAGCUUUACCAGAUGGUCUCCAGGUCACCUCUUCGAGACGGUUAUGGCCGGGCCAAAGUGGUGAUUGCAAAACCUGGAGUGUUCCAUAGACCCCCUAAAAGCAGCGGCCGUGUGAUCGGGGGCCACAGGUACUGGCAGGGGAAGAUGCAUGGCCAUGAACUCUCCUCAAGUGGAUCAGGCCAGCAAAACCUAAACCGUUCAGGUCGGUCCCCCAGGAGACAAAGCCCCGCCUAUACGAUAGAAGGACUGCGAACAAGCCAAUCACCCGCUCAGCGCCUCAUACACUCUCAGUCUCUUUCCCCCGCUCAACGGGCCUCUCAAACAAAGUCUCCGUCUCCUCGUAGACGGGUCGAGACUCGCACGCCAUUAGGAAUCUCUUUAUCUAAACUCGCCAGUUUCAAACACUUCAGAGGGAAGGUUCCAGUGAACACGUCUGGUUUUGCAUUGGGGGAUAAAUUGUUGACUCAUAGUCAAAGUGAAAAGUAACUGAUUUGUAGUGGCUUUCUUCCCGUAAAUAACAACUUUGUAUUGAGUACAAAGGCAUGAAUGUGUAUUGAUGUAGCCGCCAGUCUCCGCUGAUAAAGGCUUUUCAACUGGAGUUCAACUGGAUCUAAACUGACACGAGUGUUACAGUGGCACACAAACACUGACAUUUUCUGGACCGUGGCAAGGAGCUCUUGUUGCAUAAAGCCUUACUCUUU